AUGGAUGAAACGACGUGUGAAAAAUGUCGAAAUACAAAAGUCAAUGACCGAUCGACUAAUAGCUUGAAAGUGGCCAUUAUCGGCGCUACUGGAAAUACAGGAAAGACGAUGGCGCUGUGUCUCAAACAAUCGCCGCUUAUUGAUGAGUUGGCUAUAUAUGACUCACGUCCGUUUGGUGGACUGCUGAUGGAACUUAGACAAAUGGACACAAAAUGCCGUACGAUGCUCGGUGUCGAGACGGCGUCUGUGCCGAGAAAUAAGAAAAUGGAGCUGGAGAGAGCGUUGAAGGGAGCGAAGAUCGUCAUGUUAGUGACAGAGCCAUCAAAGCAACUUUGCGAGCAAGCGCGUGAGGUCGAGAGCGUCGUGGCUGGAUUGUUACACUGUUGCCCCAAGGCCUUCGUCGGUUUGGUGUCGCCGUGGGUGAGCAGCCUCUUGCCGAUGCUCUUCGAGUUGUACAAGAAGGACGGACUUUUCCAGUGCGAUCGGCUCUUCGGCGUGCUCAACUUGUUCUCCACGAGGGCCAACUCUCUGGCGGCCGAGACUCUGGGCGUCAAUCCCGAGUUCGUGGUGGUGCCGAUUUUGGGUGGCGGCUGCCCCGAGACCUGCGUGCCGCUCUUCAGUUGCGCUCGACCCUGCGCCGAAUUCACGCCCGAGGAGCUGGCGAGAUUGAGGCAUGCGAUGAAAAGCACGCCUUACGACGAGUCAUCGUCCUUAUGCGCUGGCUACGCUGCCGCGCGCUUCUGCAUCUCAUUGUGCAAAGCGUUGAGAGACGAGCGCGGGGUGCUCGAGUGCGCCUAUGUGCGUUCCUGUCUGGUGCCCGAAUUGAAGUACGUCGGCGCGCCCCUUGAACUUGGACCGAGCGGCGUGCAAAGACAUCUCGGUGUGCCUAGACUCAGCAAUUCCGAGUGCGACGCCAUGUUUCAAGCUAUCCCGAGGAUCAAGCAUCACAUUGCGCUCGGCGAGAGCCUUGCCCUGGGGUGUGGAACUUCAACGGAGACUUGUCCUCUGCCGGCUAGAUGCGAUCUGGGUUAA